AUAAAAAUAGUAAAUGCGGGGAGAAGGCAUGUGACCUCGGUUGGCUCUUAUGUAGCAUAAAGUAAUCAUAAUGAUGAUAUCACCGUCCGAUUCGCUGGUUCUUGAGUAAAACAUGACAGAAUUCACUUGGCUUCCCUACGUGGCCAACUGUGGUCAGCCAAAGAGAUUCUGCAACCGAAUGCCAGCUGCCCUCGCCAUGUGUCCAAUCGCCUGACACUCGCCUCACUGGUCGGGACACCCGUGCUUUCCCGUACGGUCGUACGAGAUCUUCCGUCCGUCUGAUUCACUUUAUAGAUAAAUGCAAGCCCCAAGGAGCUACAAUGCUGGAUCAUAUAGCCGCCCUAGACUGACUAUCAAUCUACUACUACAUAUCAUUCAGCAUGUGUAUCGCCUUUUUUUCCACCGCUCAUCCGCAAUAUCACCUCAUCAUCUGCAACAACCGAGAUGAAUUCCUUCACCGGCCAACAUCCCGUGCAGGCUGGUGGCCAUCCCCUCAUUCCCACGUCCUCAGCGCCCGAGAUCUUGUGCGCCCCAUCCAUCCCACCUGGCUGGGUAUCACAAAACAAGGCCGCGUUGCUGUGCUAACAAACUACCAUGAAGACACCUGCGCAAAAGCUGUUGGGAAAUACAGCCGCGGUGAGGUCGUCAACAGCUGGCUCGCAUCACCGCCGGAUAGCGCGCAAACCACGCAAGAGUUCGUGAACCAAUGGACUGCCAACGGGGAGUUAGCAAAUAUCGGUGGAUUUAACCUCGUUUGUGGAAAUGUUAUGGAGCCGCUCGCGAUUAUGGCCAGCCGGGCGUCGGAGACAGAGCCGAUUUCUUGGAUCGCGGACAAACCGGGCCAAACGGUCGGGUUAAGCAAUACGGACUACGAUGAUCGGUCUUGGCCAAAGGUUGAGAAGGGAGAAGACGCGCUUGUUGAUGCGAUUGCGGGGCAUGUGCAGAAUCAAGAAAGCGAGGACGCUUUGAUUGAGAGGCUGUUGGAUGUGCUUAGUCUGGAUACGCUACCUCGAUUGAACAACAAUGCGGGUGUCCAGGAAUACAUCCCGCAUCUUUCGCAGAGUGUUUUUAUUCCACCUAUUGGCUGCGACAAACAGGUGCGGGAUGAAGCAGAGCUACCAGCCAGGCAAGACAAGAGGGAGGAGAGUCCAGUCCUACCGUCUACUCCCGAGGGGACGCCCAAUCGUGCAUAUCUGGAAGGUCUGUAUGCGACACAGAAGCAGACGGUCAUCUUGGUGGGGUUCGAUGGGCGAGUCCGAUUCUUUGAACGUACAUUGUACGACGAUGAUGCUCAGCCAGUCUCUACAGAGGCUCGCGACCGGUCAUUUGGGUUCCGGAUUGAAAAGUAAACGCCAUACCAGGAGUUUCGGUUUCACGCGAUUCUAGUUCGUCCAUGUAUAUCUAGAGGGCAUUGUGGCGUUUUGGGGACAUAUCUCUCAAAUCAUAAAGUCUAAUGAUCCAGCGUAUUGGUCCAACGGUCAAACAAUAGUUUCUAUCGGAGCUUUAAUUUGUGGGCUCAAUUC